AAUGACUACUCCUGAUAUUACUCUUUACACUUAUGGAACUCAAAAUGGGGUAAAAGUUAGUGCCGUUCUUGAAGAAUUGGGAAUUCCUUAUAAAGUAAAACAAGUUGAAUUAGGAAAGAGGGAACAAUAUGAACCUUGGUAUUUAAAAAUCAAUCCGAAUGGGAAAAUUCCUACUAUUGUUGAUCAUAGUAAAGAAGAUUUUUCUGUAUUUGAAAGUACCGCAAUAGCGAUUUAUCUUUGUGAAAAUUAUGAUCCUGAAGAAAAAUUACUACCGAAGAAUGAUCCUAAAUUGAGAAGUCAAGUUAUUCAAUGGGUUAUGUUCGAAGCGUCAGGAAUUGCGCCUACGCAAGGACAAUCCAACUUCUAUUGUAGAUACCUCCCAGAAAAAAUUCCAUUCGCCAUCAAUAAUUGUGCCAAAGAAAUCAAAAGACUUUACGACGUUAUGAAUAAAUCAUUGGAAGGAAAAGAGUAUUUAGUAGGAAAUAAAUUUACAUUGGCGGAUGCUAUGAGUUAUCCUAUGAUCAGAGGGCAUUUUUUUUCUGGAAUAGAAAGUAUUGAUGAAUUUCCAAAUUUAAAAGCUUGGGUCGAACGUAUUGAUACAAGACCAGCAACUCAAAAAGGGUUAAAUGUACCAGUUCCUGACAAAAUGAAAGAAUAUCGGGAAAAUCCAGAAAAAUUGGAAGAAUUUGAAAAAUUAAUUCAAAGUUUUUUCAAAGAGAAACAAACUUAACAAUCACGCGAGUAUCCGACGACAUGAAUUCAAUUUAUUGUAUACUUUAUUAUAAAUAGAAUAAAUAAAAAGUUUGUUAUUUCAAAGAUUUGAAUUUGAUGGUGAGUUUAAUAAUAUCAAGUGACGAUAGUGAUGCAAAAUCAUUUAAUAAAAAAUUAAUGAUACAAAUAAAUUUUAUUAAUAAUUAAUUAUUAAGGAUAAAC